UCAAGGAGUUUGGUGAUGGGUGAACAGAUUGGGCCUCCCUCCAGACCAUGUUCUCCAAACCCUCAGGAUCGUGUGCUGAAGUGUGGCUGGCUGAAGAAACAAAGGAGCAUUAUGAAGAACUGGCAGCAGCGGUGGUUUGUGCUGCGUGGGGAUCAGCUCUUCUAUUACAAGGAUGAAGAUGAAACUAAACCUCAGGGUUUGAUACUACUGCAAGGCAGUCAGGUGAACGAGCUGCCACCUAAUCCUGAUGAACCAGGGAAACAUCUGUUUGAAAUUACUCCAGGUGGUGCAGGGGACCGGGAAAAGAUGCCUGUCAAUCAUGAGGCUUUCCUGCUCAUGGCUAAUUCCCAGAAUGAAAUGGAAGAUUGGGUGAAAGCCAUCCGACGGGUUAUAUGGGCUCCAUUUGGUGGAGGGAUCUUUGGGCAGCGCCUGGAGGACACGGUGCAGCACGAGAGGAAGUAUGGCCAGCGCCUGGCCCCGCUGCUGGUGGAGCAGUGCGUGGAUUUUAUUCGGGAGCGAGGGCUCACGGAGGAGGGGCUCUUUCGGAUGCCUGGACAAGCCAACCUUGUCAAAGAUCUGCAGGAUUCUUUUGACUGUGGGGAGAAACCCCUGUUUGACAGCAACACAGAUGUUCACACUGUGGCGUCCCUCCUGAAGCUUUACCUUCGAGAGCUGCCAGAGCCUGUCAUCCCCUUUGCCAAAUACGAAGACUUUCUUUCUUGUGGACAGCUACUCUCAAAAGAUGAGGGAGAGGGUACCCAGGAACUGGUUAAACAGGUGAAGAAUUUGCCCCAAGCCAACUACAACCUCCUCAAAUACAUAUGCAAGUUCCUUGAUGAAGUUCAGGCUCAUUCCAGCAUUAACAAGAUGAGUGUCCAGAACCUGGCUACAGUAUUUGGACCAAACAUACUGCGGCCCAAAAUGGAGGAUCCAGUGACCAUGAUGGAAGGCACCUCUCUAGUUCAGCACCUGAUGACAGUAUUGAUAAGUGAGCAGGGGAGGAUCUUUGCUGUUCCUCAGGCGGAUGUGCCAGGGAGCCAGCUGGAAAUCAGACCGAUGCGCCAGCGCAGCACUGUGGAGUGGAUCUCCGAGGAGGACGGGGAGGACAGCAGGUCACAGAACAGCGCUGCCAGCCCCACUGAUUUGCCUUCUGGCAAUGCUGUGGCUCUAGAGGCCACUCCAGGACCUGCAGUGAAAAUCACUCCUCCAGAACACAAUGGCAAAUCAACUCAGCCUGCCACGAGCCCCAGUAAAAGAGUGCAGACGCUGCCUCCAUGGAAAUAUUCCUUCCGCCAGCAGGGAGCACGGUCUGUGAGUCCAAAGCUGGGCAGCUCCUCCUUAGACAUCCCCAACCUCUCCUCCAGUGGGAACUGGUUGAUGAACGGCCUGUACUCCCUCCGAGGCCAUCGCCGGACAGCCUCCGGGGAACGAGUGAAAGACUCGUGCUCCUCCCAGAGACUCUCCACUUAUGACAAUGUCCCUUCAUCCAGCCUGUCCCUCAGCACACACAGCAUGGCCAGCACCACCUGGUCUACAUCAUCCUGUGAGAUCUCCGUGAUGGACUCAGUGAGCAGCUGCCCAGCCUGCCGGGCCAGUGACUCUUCUGCUUUGAGCUCCCUAAAAACUGAGUGGGUAACUCAGGGCUCGCUGUCCCAGAGCGAGGUCAAGACUGCAGAUCUGGAGAACAGCAUGGACAGGUUUGAAGCCUGCAGCAGCAGCAGCAGUGAACAGAGUGACCCGGCUGCAGCUUCCCGAGACUCUGUCCAAUGCUCCAGGGCCUUACAGAGCUUGGUGGUGGAGCUAAAGACAGAGCUGAGCAAACAGAGGACUGAGUAUGAAACUAGUAUCAAAAGAAUUGAAGAAACAAGUGCAGACCUGAGGAACCAAGUGGUUAGGUUAGAAGAAGAACUGGACCAAGAACGAAAGAAAUACACGAUGCUGGAAAUAAAGCUGAGGAAUUCUGAACGCGCUCGUGAAGAUGCUGAGAAGAGAAAUUACCUCCUGCAGAAGGAAAUGGAAGAAUUUUUUUCAACAUUAGGGUGUUUAACUGUUGGGAGUCAAAGCGCUAAAGUCCCCAAGUAG